AUGUCGGCUGCCGCUAAUUCUGCCACUUCUCCUCUCCCUUCUGCACCUGAUGUAGAAGUAGAUGUAGAGCCUGACGAGGAAGUGCCUCGACAUGAUGAUGAGGAUGAGAUUCUAUUCCCUGAACUAGUAGAUAGAGUCAGUCAACAGGCAAUGGAAGAUGAAUAUGCAGAGGAGCCUAGCAGCCGUGCUAGAUUUGAUGACAUUGAUGAUGAAGAGAGGGAGGAGAACAUUGACUCCUUAUUUUUACAAGAAAAUGAUGGUGAGGACAUGCCAACAAUUGAGUGGAAUAGGGAGAAUCCUGACCUUACUCCAGGAACCAUAUUCGAAUCGAUGGUGGAUUGUCGUAAUGCAGUGACUACAUAUUGCAUUCUCACUGAAAACUCUUAUGAGAUAAAAAGCAACCCACACAGGCACACUUGCCCACCUGGAGGGGGGGGGGGGAAGGACAGAUCUAAGCUUGCAAAGACUAGGUGGGUGGCAGAUGCAAUCUUGGAUUGGGUGAGGGAAACACCAACAAUUGGUCCAACAGCACUCCAUGGGAAGCUAUUUGAGAAGUACAAGAUUAAUGUACAAUACAUGAAGAUUUUCUAUGCUAAGGAAAGGGCUCUUGAUAGGAUUAGUGGUCCAUGGAAUGAGAGUUUUCAGUUGCUUUACACCUUCAAAGCUGAAGUGGAGACGGCUAGUCCAGGGAGUGUUGUAGAGAUUGACAAGCAUACAGUUAAGUACAAAUUAAAAGGGAAGGCAAUAGAGAAGGAGUGCUUCAGGAGGGCUUUUGUUUGUUUCAAGGCUUGCUGGAAGGGGUUUUUGAAUGGUUGUAGGCCCUAUUUGGCUAUCGAUGCAACUGCUUUGAAUGGAAGAUGGAGAGGCCAGCUAGCAGCAGCUUCUGCAAUUGAUGGACACAACUGGCUAUUCCCAGUUGCAUUUGGUGUGUUGGAGGUAGAGAGUGAGGAGAGUUGGGUUUGGUUUCUGCAGCAGUUGCGCAACAUUAUAGGUACACCCUCAGGUUUAGUUAUACACACAGAUGCUUGCAUGGGUUUAGAAACUGCAAUAGAAAUUGUAUUCCCUGGAGUGGAACAUAGGGAAUGUAUGCGACACCUAUCGCAGAAUUUUAAAAAGAAAUUCAAAGGAAAAGUUUAUGAUGAGAAUCUAUGGCCAGCAUCAUACACAUGCAGCUUGAGGAAGCAUGAGCACCAUUUGAGAGUGUUGUAUGCUCAUAAUCCUUUGGUGAAGGAGUACAUGGAUGAACAUCGUGGGAAGCUGUGGUCAAGAAGAAAAUUCAAUGAAAUCUGCAAAGUAGACUAUGUGAACAAUAACCUCGCUGAGUGUUUCAAUGCAAAGUUCAAGUCAGUGAAAGGGCUUUUGUUGUGGCAAGCAUUUGAUAAGAUCAGGCAGAUGAUCAUGGUAAAGAUGGCUCUUCGUAAAAGAAUUGCAGAAACACAAUAUGUUGGCCAUCUUAUGCUCCCAUCUUUGAUUAAGGCAUUGCAUGCCAAGGCAAGAGGACUAAGAAUGAAAUGCAUUCGACCGUCGACAUACGAGGCUGAGGUGACAUACACUGAUAGUAAAAAUAGGGAAUGGAGAUAUCCAGUGAACCUUGCAACCAAUGAAUGUAGCUGUAGGCAAUGGCAGAUCCGCGGGAAGCCGUGCAUACAUGCCCUACAUCUCAUGACUGUUAUUGGAGGUGAAGAUGGUGAAGUUGAUCAGUAUUGCUCUGAAUAUUUCUCUGUUGCCAAAUUUAGGGCUGCUUAUGCUGAAAAUGUGCCUGCACUCUUGGGAAAAGACCAAUGGAACAUAGUAGACCUAGGGUUCAAACUCCAUUCUCCUGUACUAACUAGACCACCAGGAAGACCAAGGAAAAACAGGAUAAGAGCUGGUGAAGAGGGUCGUGUAAAAAAACAGCGUAAGUGCAAAAGAUGUGGUAUCUUAGGGCAUAUUGCUAGACGUUGUACCAAUCCAGUUGAUGCAUCAUUUGGAGAAGAGGAACAAUGGGCAGCAGCAAAUGCAGAGGAGAAUGCAGCAGCAGAGGAGAAUGCAGCAAGUUUAGAGGAUAAUGCAGCAGCAGAGGAGAAUGCAACAAGCUUAGAGAAUGAAGCAACUGAAGUAGCAGCUUGUGGCUAA